AUGUCGCCAUUCACAUUGUCGGUGUCCCUUCGAUCAUAUUCCAAGCAGGGCUCCAUCUUCCCCCUCAUCCAAGACCAUUCGCCUCUCGCUGCAGCCUAUCUCUCUCAAGCCGGCUCCGUGCUCUCCUCCAUCCUUCCCGCCCAAAUCUUCCAAUACGCUCAACUCAACUACGCUGCUUUGUUCAUGGGAACCUACUGGCUCUACUAUUCGGUUCUGGACGCCACCGCUGCCUUGAUGCUGGCCCCCAUCUGGUACGGCCUUUGGUACGGUUCCACUGUGCUCGCUCGCACCCACCCUGAUGCUACCAAGAUCGCCAUCGGCAUCAAGGCGCUGGGAUGGAUCAGUCAGUUCUACGGCCAUGGCGUGCACGAGGGAAGGGCUCCCGCGCUUUUGGACAAUCUGCUGGGCGCCGUGGUGCUGGCUCCGUUCUUUGUGUUUUUGGAGGUCAUCUUCCACUUUGGAUACAGGCCGGAGCUGCAGAAGGAGUUGAAGAACGAGGUGGGCAAGCUCGUGACCAAGCACAGGAUGGAUAAGGCUAAGAGUAAGAGGGCCAAGGCUCAGUAA